UAGGUUCGCAGUGUUUUAUUGAGUGCGUGGUGUGGAAGUGCGCUGCGCAGGCAAAAAAAAUAACACAGCGCAGAGGCUAAGGCAGCAGAGCAGCGGCGUCGACGCCAGCGUCAGCCGAAUAAAACAAACAAAACGUUGUCGCGCACCCAAAAAAAUAUUUUUUAAACAACAACCACUAAAAAGCAAAGCCAGACUGUGUGACUGUGUUUGUGCGUGCGUGUGAUCACCAAGCCAUUAUUUUUUCUGACUUAUGACGUAAACCAUCGAAAAAUCAAAAGUGAGCAGCGCAAAAUAUUUAAACGAGAAGAAUGUCGAAACACGAGAAAAACAAAUCAAGCGGCGGAAGUCUGCUGGAGAGCUGGUUUGGAAGGCCCAAGUCCAAGGGCGGCAGCUACAACAGCAACACAUUGACCCACGCUGGCCGACCCGCCAGUUCAGACCAGGAGGUCUUUGGCGUUGACGACUUGGAGCGCCAUAUACGGGAACUCACCGAGUCGGAGGUGAAUGCCAAAUUUUUAGAAAUCAUCGAGGAUAUGAAUAUACCUACGGACAAACGCGAGCCUUUGUUAGCUAAAUCGAAGGAAGAGCGUCAGAAAAUGAUUUUCAUGCAUUUAAAAGGCAAAAACUCACUGGAACAUCGUGCGAACUCUAGAUUUGAGAAACCACAAGACUAUAUAGAGUAUCUCCAAAAUGGUGAGCACAGCGAGAAUAAAAUUUACCAAUGUUUGGAGAGCUUACGAGUGGCGCUCACCAGCAAUCCUAUAUCGUGGAUCAAGGAGUUUGGCGAGGCAGGCAUCGAGCAAAUUGAGAAGCUGCUGUCGCGAGCCAAAAAGGAUCGCACCUACGACCGCAUCGAGUUCGAGGCUAUACGCUGCCUUAAGGCGAUCAUGAACAAUACGUGGGGCCUGAAUGUGGUGCUAACGCCGGACCAGCACAGUGUGGUGCUGCUGUUAGCCCAGGCACUAGAUCCGCGAAAACCUCAAACCAUGUGCGAAGCGUUGAAAUUGCUGGCUUCCUUCUGUCUCGUUUAUGAGCGCAAUGGCUACGAGAAAGUUUUGCGUGCCAUAACAACCAUUGCUGCCAACUCGUACAAGGCGAGUGAACGCUUCCGACCAAUUGUGGAUGCAUUGUUUGUGUCCGCCAAACAUGACUCGAAACGGGACCUGGCCUGUCACAGUCUAAUUUUUAUCAACACGCUAUCCAACACGCCGUCAGAUUUAAACUUUCGCAUCCAUUUGCGCUGCGAGAUCAUGCGUAUGGGUCUGUUCGAUAGGCUCGAAGAAUUCACCGAGAUUGUCAACACCAGCAACAAUGAGGGAUUGCAGCAACACUUUAAGAUCUUUAAUGAGAUACGCGAGGAUGAUUUUGAGGAGUUUGUGAGCCGUUUUGAUAAUGUUACCUUCAACAUGGAUGAUGCCACCGACUGCUUCGAAGUGGUAAAAAAUCUGGUUACAGACACCGCCUCCGAGCCGUACUUCCUUUCGAUUUUGCAGCAUUUGCUGUACAUACGCGAUGACUAUUACUUCCGACCUGCCUACUAUCAACUAAUCGAGGAGUGCGUUACGCAGAUUGUCUUCCACAAAGGCUACUGCGAUCCGAACUUCCAGAAUCGAAACUUCAACAUAGACACCUCGGUACUGCUGGACGACAUGGUGGAGAAAGCAAAGGUCAAUGAUUCGAAACGUUCCGAGGAGUAUGAGAAAAAGAUUGAGCAGCUGGAAAGCGCUAAGCAGGAAGCCGAGGCAAAGGUGGCACAUUUGGAGGAGAAGGUAAAGCUGAUGGAAGCGAAUGGUGUGGCGGCGCCAUCACCCAAUAAAUUGCCAAAGUUGAAUAUACCUAUGGCACCGCCACCACCAGGUGCAGGCGGCCCACCACCUCCGCCACCACCUCCUGGAAUGGGUGGUCCUCCACCACCGCCCCCACCUCCUAUGCCUGGAAGUGGCCGAGGAGGUCCACCUCCACCGCCACCACCCCCUGGAAUGGGUGGCCCACCACCACCGCCUCCACCACCUGGCAUGGGUGGUCCCCUUCCACCGCCAUUCCCUGGUAUGGGUGGGCCACCUCCGCCACCUAUGGCGCCUGUCUUGCCGCACGGUAUGAAACCGAAAAAGAAGUGGGAUGUCAAAAUUCCCAUGAAGCGCGCUAACUGGAAGCCCAUUGUGCCGCAGAAAAUGUCCGAGAAUGCCUUCUGGGUUAAUUGCAAGGAAGACAGGUUGGCCUCUGAUGAUUUUCUGCAGGAACUCGCGGCUAAAUUUAGCUCGAAGCCGGUGAAGAAGGAGCAAAAGGAUGCAGUCGACAAGCCCACAACGCUGACCAAAAAGAACAUCGAUUUACGGGUGCUCGACUCUAAGUCAGCUCAGAAUCUGGCCAUUCUUUUGGGUGGCGCACUGAAACAUUUGUCCUCCGAACAGAUCAAGAUAUGCCUGCUGCGCUGUGAUACGGAUAUAUUGUCCUCCAACACGCUUCAAGGGCUAAUACAAUAUUUGCCGCCACCAGAGCAACUAAAACGUUUGCAAGAGAUCAAGGCCAAGGGCGAAGCUCUGCCCCCAGUUGAACAGUUUGCGGCAACUAUAGGUGAAAUAAAACGCCUCUCGCCGCGUCUGCAUAAUCUGAACUUUAAGCUGACAUACGCAGAUAUGGUGCAGGAUAUUAAGCCGGAUAUAGUAGCUGGGACAGCUGCCUGCAAAGAAGUUCGCAAAAGCAAGAAAUUCUCCAAAAUUCUUGAGCUCAUUUUGCUGCUUGGCAAUUAUAUGAACUCCGGCUCUAAGAAUGAGGCCGCAUUUGGUUUUGAAAUUUCAUACCUGACCAAGCUAACGAAUACCAAGGAUGCCGACAAUAAGCAGACACUACUGCACUACUUGACCGAUCUGGUUGAGAAGAAGUUUCCAGACGCUCUCAACUUCUACGAUGACCUCUCGCAUGUCGACAAAGCCUCCCGAGUCAACUUGGAUGCUAUACAGAAGGCCAUGCGGCAGAUGAACUCGGCCGUUAAGAAUUUGGAGACCGAUCUCCAGAAUAACAAAGUUCCACAGUGCGAUGAUGAUAAAUUCUGCGAAGUAAUGGGAAAAUUCGCUGAAGAGUGUCGGGAACAGGUGGACGUUCUGGGAAAAAUGCAGGUGCAAAUGGAAAAGCUAUUUAAAGACCUGAGCGAGUACUAUGCCUUUGACCCGAACAAGUACACCAUGGAGGAGUUCUUUGGCGAUAUCAAGACCUUCAAGGACGCUUUCAUGGCUGCAUACCAGGAGAAUGUGCGCGCCCGCGAGGAACUCGAGAAGAAGCGGCGCAUGCAAGAGGCGCGUGAACAGUCGAUACGAGAGCAGGCCGAAAGGCACCAGCGCAAGCUUGCAGUAGUGGACAUGGAUGCAGCCCAAAUGCAGGAAGGUGUCAUGGACAGUCUGCUCGAGGCGCUGCAUACGGGGUCAGCGUUCGGACAACGAAAUAGACAGGCCCGGCGACAGAGACCGGCGGGAGCCGAACGUCGUGCGAAUCUUAGCCGUUCACGCACGCGCGCCAACAAUGGCCAGCUGAUGACGCGAGAGAUGAUACGGAACGAAGUGCUUGGGUCGGCGUAGUUCUAUUCGACGAUUUUGCGUGUACAUAUACGUGUAUAAAAUAGACAUCUACAUCUAUAAUUAAGUGCCUAGACCUAUGCUAUGUUGUGUAUCGAUAAGAGUGUUCAUAUCAGAUUGAUGCUAAGUGCCAGAUUUUAAUCGACGGCGAACUUCAAUUUUAUACGAGUACAUUUAUUUUUUAUACGCUUCUAUUUUUGAAACUGAAAACGGAACUUGUUGUCCUGCGGUUAACCGCACUACUUAUGUUGCAUUUGCUUUUUUAUGAAAAAUGUUGUAAAAUUACAUUGGAAUGGUUCUUUUUAUACAUAUUGCUUUGUUGUUGCAUGUCAAUGCUGUGGCACUUCGUUUUCGAGGCACCCGAAAUGUUUCAGCGAUACUAUUUUUAUUUGUAUUAAAAUUGUUUUAAGUAACUUUUUAACAUUGGAAGUUCCAUUUUUUUUAAUAUGUCUGAAGCUAUAACAAUUUGUUAAUUUAUGUAAUUUAACAAUGAUUUAACGUACAUUUUUAAAUAGUUCUAUUAUAUACAAAAACUGCGGAAAAUCUUCAAGAGCUUAGAAAUAAAAUUCUAAUUACAAA